UGGAGUCACUGACUCGUUCUUACCUCCUGACGUAAUACAAGCAAAGAGUCAUACAUCAACACGACUUAGUUGUAUUCAAAAUGAAGAAUGUAAAUCUGGUUGGCGUGCUACUGACUACGUGAAAAUGACAUGAGUGGAUCAACCGCGUGAUGAACCACACCCUUCUAUCACUGCUAACUACUCUGAUCUUCUCCCUCCGAUUACACCUGCUGUAGUGCUCCUUGUUGCACCAAAAAGCCGUAAACACACCAUGGGUUCCUGGGUGCUAUUUGUGUGCUGUUUUCUCCUCAUUGUUGCCUCCCUGGGAACCUACCUACUCACGCAGCAAGACGAUUUCGAGGAAUUUAUCGCGGAGAAGUCGCGGCGAGAGCUCAAGAUCGGUGAUAAUUUGAACAGUCUGCGCUUUCCUGACGAGUACCACGCGACGGGUGUCUUAAGGCUUCCCACCAGUGAAGUGAAUGAACCGUUUGAGAUUUGGUUCAGUAGACCGCAUAAUCAAAGUCGUAUUGAUUACUAUGGAGGCGACGUAAAGACAUACCAGCGAGGGGACCUGGGCAAGCACGGCAUGUUUUUCAAGCUGGUUCCUAAGUACUCGUACAAGAGUCAUAAGCACUGGAGGGGAUGUUGGAAACGGUUCGGGCAGAAGAAACGCAAGGUUGGCGCGCAAAGCAUUCUGCCACGCAAUUCCGCCUGGCCAUUUAAGUCCAAACUAGUCGACUUUAAGUACGCCGGCGAAGCCCUCAUUCACGACACCCUGUGCACCAAGUGGGUGUACAACAUCUCCGUUAUGCACAAGGAUAACAAGUACGUGUUCUACGCCACCAAGACUGACCCUCCCCUCCCUAUGCGACUUGAGAUGGACGGCUACGAUACCGUACUUGUCUCAUAUUAUGACUCUUACGUCAUCGACUACCACACAUUCAACAAGUGGACUUACGACAAGGGGAUAUUUGAUAUACCGCAUCUUCGACAUGACAAAUGGUGCUGGGACAUCUCUAAGUUCUCCCAUGGCAGUGAGGGCGCUGCUAUGUCGAUUAACCCGAUGGCGGAGUUCACGUCACUCGGACACUCACGUGACCUAGUCGACGACGACUUCGACGAGUUCCGACAGCAGCACGACAAGGUGUACGAAGACGAUUCCGAACACCGCAGACGAAAGCACAUAUUCAGACACAAUGUCAGAUACAUUCGUUCAAUGAACAGACGCAGCCUACCGUACAAGCUGGAACCCAACCACUUCGCCGAUCUAACAGACGACGAGUUCAAAAGCUACAAGGGCGAACUUGAUGACGAAAGCAAUGACGUCAAGAAGGAUCGCGAUGACGUCAUAGAUGAUGACGUCAAUGAUGAUACGCAAAAAGACGAGGAGGACGAACCGUCAGAUGGUUACCAUGGAGACAAUAAGGACUAUGAAGGGUGGCGAAGCCCGCGAUCCGGCUACAGAAGGAGUGGAAUCAGCGGUGAAAGUCAUGAAAAUAGAAAAAAUAAAAAGAAAGAACAUAAAAAGCGAAUGCACGCUAAGAUAAAGCAUUCGAAAAGAAUGUUUGAAGUUCCUGACCAGCUGGACUGGCGGAAUUACGGCGCUGUGAAUCCCGCCAAAGGCCAAGGGACGUGCGGCUCGUGCUGGGCAUUUGCCACCGCCGGCGCCGUGGAGGCGGCUCAUUUCAUUCAGUACGCCGGCGAAGCCCUUAUUCACGACACCCUGUGCACCAAGUGGGUGUACAACAUCUCCGUUAUGCACAAGGAUAACAAGUACGUGUUCUACGCCACCAAGACUGACCCUCCCCUCCCUAUGCGCCUUGAGAUGGACGGCUACGAUACGGUACUUGUCUCAUAUUAUGAUUCUUACGUCAUCGACUACCACACAUUCAACAAGUGGACUUAGGACAAGGGGAUAUUUGAUAUACCGCAUCUUCGACAUGACAAAUGGUGCUGGGACAUCUCUAAGUUCUCCCAUGGCAGUGAGGGCGCUGCUAUGUCGAUUAACCCGAUGGCGGAGUUCACGUCACUCGGACACUCACGUGACCUAGUCGACGACGACUUCGACGAGUUCCGACAGCAGCACGACAAGGUGUACGAAGACGAUUCCGAACACCGCAGACGAAAGCACAUAUUCAGACACAAUGUCAGAUACAUUCGUUCAAUGAACAGACGCAGCCUACCGUACAAGCUGGAACCCAACCACUUCGCCGAUCUAACAGACGACGAGUUCAAAAGCUACAAGGGCGCACUUGAUGACGAAAGCAAAGACGUCAUGAAUGAUCACGAUGACGUCAUAGAUGAUGAUGUCAAUGAUGAAACGCAAGAAGACGAGGAGGACGAACCGUCAGAUGGUUACCAUGGAGACAAUAAGGACUAUGAAGGGUGGCGAAGCCCGCGAUCCGGCUACAGAAGGAGUGGAAUCAGCGGUGAAAGUCAUGAAAAUAGAAAAAAUAAAAAGAAAGAACAUAAAAAGCGAAUGCACGCCAAGAUAAAGCACUCGAAAAGAAUGUUUGAAGUUCCUGACCAGCUGGACUGGCGGGAUUACGGCGCUGUGAAUCCCGCCAAAGGCCAAGGGACGUGCGGCUCGUGCUGGGCAUUUGCCACCGCCGGCGCCGUGAAGGCGGCUCAUUUCAUUCAGAAAGGUGAGCUGUUGAAUCUCGCAGAACAGCAGCUACUCGACUGCACGUGGUCUACACCCGGAGUGUAUCAUGGGAAUAACGGUUGCUUAGGUGGCUGGACUUGGAAAGCGUUCUCGUGGGUCAAGAAGUUCGGCAUUGCCACGACAAAAAGUUACGGUCACUACCGGGGACAGGAAGGCUUUUGUAAAACGUCGAACCUGACUGUUGGAGCUCGAAUCACGAGCUAUCGACGUGUGAAGCGGUUUAACCCUAUAGCGCUGAAAAAGGCUCUGUCUUAUCACGGCCCGGCGACCAUCUCCAUCAACGCGAACCCCAAGUCUCUCAAGUUCUACAGCGAUGGUAUUAUGUCUGACAAACACUGCAGCAACAAAACAGACCACGCUGUACUUCUCAUCGGCUACGGCUCGGAUAAUGGCGUGCCUUACUGGCUUAUAAAGAACUCUUGGUCACACAAGUGGGGAAACAACGGAUUCAUCAAAAUUAAACAGGGGUUGUGCGGGAUCGAGAAACGACCCUUUGUGGUGCUGAACAAAAGCAGACGAAAAUUGCCCUGGCAGGCAGACAAGAGUACAAAAAAAGAUGAAGUACCUUACUCCGAGUUAAAGAAACAUUAUCAUAGAGACCACUGGUACUGGACUUAACGAGUGACGAGUAACUUGCAUUGUUGUGUUGUAAAAUGGCGAUGACGGGCUUCGAGUUUUGCGCGCUGUUGUGUUUUAGUGUUCACCUGUUCACAUAGCGAGUAGCGAUAGCGAGUUCCUUGUGCUGUUGUGUUGUGCUAUGAAGAUGAAGGGCUUCGAGUUUUGUGCGCUAUCGUGUUUAAGUGUUUACAUAGCGAGUAGCCUUUACGAGUAGCGAGUUCCUUGCGCUGUUGUGAUUUAAGUAUUCAAAUAGCGAGUAGCGAUAGCGAGUUCCUUGCGCUGUUGUAUUUUAGUAUUCACAUAGCUAGUAACGAGUAACUUGACGUUGUGCAAUUUGAAAUGUUGUAUUAUUGUAGUUUGGAUGUUGUAUUGUAAGUAUGGACAUAGCAA